AUGCCCAUCCACAGCUUACCUGAGGCGUGCAACAACAUCAGGGAUCGCUAUAUGGAACUCCUCAGCACUGGCUGUAUUCCUUUGACGAUGGGCGGCGACCACACCAUCACUUACCCCAUCCUACAGGCCAUCAAGGCUCGGAGAGGCAGGGUGGGACUGGUGCUUGUGGAUGCUCAUCCUGAUGUAUCAGACAUCACCCUAGGAGCCAAGAUCAACCAUGGAUCACCCUUCAGAAGAGCGCUCGAAGAAGACCUCAUAGACCCCCACGCCACCUUCCAGAUUGGUCUGAGGGGUUCUUGUCAUGCACAGGAUGGUAACGCCCUGGCAGAUAAACCAG